CGCCAUUGUUGCUCGUUCGCCAUUGUUGCUCCUCUCUUUAAUCGAUCGGUUCGGGAAACUUGCUCGCAAGCAAACUCAUUUCCAGAUUCUUUUUCUCUCUUCAAUUUCAUCUUCCUCUCUUGUUCCUGGUUCAAUCUUCCAAGAAUGAGUACGGGAGAACUCCUCAGCAUCGAACCUCUCGAGCUCAAGUUUCCCUUCGAAUUGAAGAAGCAGAUCUGUUGUUCCCUUCAAUUGUCUAACAAGACCGAGAGCUGCGUUGCAUUUAAGUGAAGUGAUUUGGUGCUUGUAGUAUGAAGGUGUUCUGGAUUUGGAAUGUGAAAACUACGAACCCUAAAAAGUACUGCGUUCGCCCAAACACUGGAAUUGUCUCGCCACGAUCAACAUGCGACGUUAUAGUCACAAUGCAAGCCCAGAAAGAGGCUCCUCCUGAUAUGCAAUGCAAAGACAAAUUCCUCCUUCAGAGUGUUAAAACCGCUGAUGGCGUAACCGCAAAGGAUAUCAAUGCAGAAAUGUUCAAUAAGGAGGCUGGGCAUGUGGUUGAGGAAUUCAAGUUGAAAGUCGUUUAUGUUUCUCGGCCGCAACCACCUUCUCCAGUACCAGAAGGUUCCGAAGAAGGGUCCUCCCCAAGAGGUUCUUUUUCAGAGAAUGGAAACUUCAAUGAUGCUGAUUUGAACACUGCCACGAGGGGAUACGUUGAACGGUCGGAGCCCCAGGAUAAAUCUGCCGAGGCUAGAGCCCUCAUAGCAAAACUCACAGAGGAAAAGAAUAAUGCCAUGCAACAGAAUAACAAGCUUCGUCAGGAAUUGGAACUUUUGAAGCGUGAAGGCAGGAAAAAUGCCGGUGGCGUCUCCUUCCUGUUCAUCAUAUUAACCGGAUUGAUUGGAAUCAUCCUUGGCUAUAUUAUGAAGAAGACUUGAGAAUCUCUUUGCAGCAAACUGGAUUAUAUCAUUAUAUCUUCCAUGAUGAAAGGAAGGGAACUACUAAUGUUCUUUGGGUGGAUCUGUAGCAAGUUUUAAUUUGUUGAAGUAGCAAAUUGUUAGGUGGUGUUCAAGAAUUUGUAGUUGCUGAAUUUGCAAGGUAGCACACUCUAAAUGUAACUUAAAAGAGUUUUUUUCCCCCUCUACUCCCCCCUUCUGUUGCCAUUCAACUUAUUAUAUUUGGUGACACUGUUGAUUUAAUAAUCUUACAGCCUCCAUUGUUACCUGA